UUGAUCGAUACACGGUUUAAUGCUCUCCUUUGGAGGAUUGUUGGUUUUUUUCCUUUUUUUCCCCAAAUUUUCGAAGGGUGAAGGGCAAGCCAGGACCCCGGGACAGAGAGUCCCCUCUCCCCUUCCCACAAAGUAAGCUACGGCGGAGCUCAGUUUCCUUAAGUUUCCCCAGAGGGGCCCCGGGUGGGGCGUGCUGGGUUGGUGGCAUCCUCUGGGCCAAGACUACAUUUCCCGGCAUGCCUCGCGCCGGGGCACUCUCCGCCCACUCCAUCCUCUUUUUCUUGCUGGGCGUCGGGCGGAUGCUUAGCAACGCAGGGUGUCCCGGAAGCGGUGCUGGCGGAGCAGGGCGGGACUUCCGGGGCCGGAGCCGUGGGUUGCAUCAGCUUCGAGGGCUCUGGGGUUGAGGAAUCGGACGAGAUCCGGACGUGGAGCCGCGAGCGGAGCGGGAGACGAGCCCGGGCCAUGGCGGGGAGCGAGCCAGCUCCCGGCCUCAGCCAUAUUCUGAGCAUUAGCGAAGAGGAGGCCAGGCUGGAGGCUCUGAAUGAGCACCUCAGCACCCGUAGCUACCUGCAGGGCCACACCUUCUCCCAGGCCGACCUGGAGGUCCUCGGGCAGCUGUCGGGCCUGCCCGGGGACCGGCACUUCCACGUGGCUCGGUGGUUCAGGCACAUACAGGCCCUGUCUGGCGGGAGCCAUGGCGCGCAGGAGCCCCCCCGACUCCAAGCAAGUAAGGGCCGACGCGCCCAGCCUCAGUGGUCACCUCCAGCAGGAACCGAGCCUUGUAAACUCCGCCUCUACAACAGCCUGACCCGCACCAAGGAUGAGUUCAUUCCCCAGCAAGGAAGGAGAGUGACCUGGUACUGCUGCGGCCCCACCGUUUAUGACGCUUCCCACAUGGGCCACGCCCGGUCGUACAUCUCCUUCGACAUCCUGAGGCGCGUGCUGCGGGAUUACUUUAAGUACGACGUCUUCUACUGCAUGAACAUCACGGAUAUCGAUGACAAGAUCAUCAAGAGAGCUCGGCAGAACCAUCUCUUCGAGCAGUACCGGGAAAAGAAGCCGCAGGCCACCCAGCUCCUCGAGGAUGUGGCGGCGGCCCUGGAGCCCUUCUCUCUCAAGUUGAGUGCGACCACCGACCCCGACAAAAAGCAGAUGCUGGAACGCAUUCGGGACGCCGUGCAGCUGGCGGUGGAGCCGCUGGCGCGGGCGGUGCAAAGCCACGCCCCGGGAGACGAGGUCGACGCCUGUGCCGAGCUCGUGUUGGACAAGGCCAAGGACCUGCUCUCCGACUGGCUCGACGCCCGCCUGGGCUCCCAGGUGACCGACAACUCCAUCUUCUCCAAGCUGCCCCAGUUCUGGGAAGCCGAGUUCCACAGGGACAUGGAGGCCUUGAAUGUGCUCCCCCCGGAUGUCUUAACGCGGGUCAGCGAGUAUGUGCCCGAGAUCGUGCACUUUGUUCAGAAGAUUGUGGACAACGGCUACGGGUACGUGUCCAAUGGCUCCGUCUAUUUUGAUACGGUCAAGUUUGACUCGAGCGAGAGACACUCCUACGCCAAGCUGGUGCCGGAAGCCGUCGGGGAUCAGAAGGCCCUGCAGGAGGGAGAAGGAGACCUGAGCAUCUCCGCGGAGCGCCUAAGUGAGAAGCGCUCGCCCAACGACUUUGCGCUCUGGAAGGCCUCCAAGCCCGGGGAGCCGUCCUGGGAGUGUCCCUGGGGGAAGGGCCGCCCGGGCUGGCACAUCGAGUGUUCCGCCAUGGCCGGGACCGUCCUGGGGCCUUCGAUGGACAUCCACGGGGGAGGGUUCGACCUCAGGUUCCCGCACCAUGACAACGAGUUGGCUCAGUCAGAGGCCUACUUUGACAAUGACUGCUGGGUCCGCUACUUCCUUCACACGGGUCACCUGACCAUCGCGGGCUGCAAAAUGUCCAAGUCCCUGAAGAACUUCAUCACCAUCAAGGACGCCCUGAAGCAGCAUUCGGCGCGGCAGCUGCGCCUGGCCUUCCUCAUGCACUCCUGGAAGGACACGCUCGAUUACUCCAGCAACACCAUGGAGUCGGCCAUCCAGUACGAGCGGUUCAUGAACGAGUUUUUCUUGAAUGUGAAGGACGUCCUGCGCACCCCCGCCGACGCCGCCGGCCAGUUUGAGAAGUGGGAAGGGCCCGAGCUCGAGCUGAACAGAAUGUUUUACGACAAGAGGGCGGCGGUUCACGAAGCCCUCUGCGACAACGUGGACACGCGCACGGUCCUGGAGGAGAUGCGCUCCCUGGUGGGCCAGAGCAAUCUCUACAUCGCGGCUCGGAAGGCCGCCCGCAAGCUGCCCAACCGCGGCCUGCUGGCCAGCAUCGGCGCCUACCUCACCCACAUGCUGAAGGUCUUCGGCGUCAUCGAGAGCGAGGAGACGCUCGGCUUUCCAGUCGGGGGGAGUGGCUCCAGCAUGAACCUCGAGGCGACCGUGAUGCCCUACCUGCAGGUGCUCUCGGACUUCAGAGAGGGAGUGCGCAGGAUUGCCCGCGAGAAGAAAGUCUCCGAGGUGCUGCAGCUCAGCGACGCCCUCCGUGAUGACGUCCUCCCCGAGCUCGGGGUGCGCCUGGAAGACCACGAAGGCCUCCCGACCGUGGUCAAGCUGGUGGACAGAGACACCCUCCUAAAGGAGAGAGAAGACAAGAAAAAGGCUGAAGAAGAGAAGAGGAGGAAGAAAGAAGAAGCUGCUCGCAAGAAGCAGGAGCAGGAAGCGGCCAAACUCUCCAAGAUGAAGAUUCCUCCCAGCAAGAUGUUUCUGUCGGAGAGUGAUAAAUACUCCAAGUUCGAUGAGAACGGAUUUCCCACCCACGACGUCGAAGGCAAAGAACUCAGCAAAGGACAGACGAAGAAGCUAAAGAAACUUUUUGAAAGUCAGGAAAAACUACAUAAAGAGUAUCUGCAGCUGGUCCAGAACGGCAGCUUCACGUUAGAAGAGAAGGCCGACGGCUUUUCCUGAAGCGAUUCGAGGUGAAGGAGCCGUUCCUCUGGGCCUGCUGACGCCAUCCAGACGACUGCCUGAAGCUUUUGUUGUGUCGACCACGUCUCCGGUGGCCCAGACCGGAGGAUCAGAUGGUGCGGAUCGCCGGCGUGCGUUGUCCACCGUAGAAUUCUGGAAAUCCGACGGCCCCAAGGACCCUGAAGCUGAGCCGGCUUUCCUCCCCCACGCCGCCUGUGCGGCGCUCCCAGACGAUGGUGCUCGGUCAGCAGCUCCCAGGCGAGGGGCCCCCUCGGUGCGCUGGCUUCAGCCGACUGAGAAAACUGUCUCCCAUGCUGAUUGUUAUCCGGCUAAUCUGGCUGUGGUCUGAGGGCAUCGACCUGAGAGAUGUUAGGAUGGGAAUAAAAUGGCCAACAAUUGUAUAGCAGGACCCACCGAGAGACCCUAAACAAAGGUUUGCCUUUUCAGGCAUAAUGAAUAAAUCCUUCACCAGUUC